AUGGCGCAAUAUUUUAGUAUAUGGCUACUAAUAGCUACAGUGGUUAGUGCUCACGGAUUUACGAAAUACGGACGUGACUGCCGGGAUAUUUCAUGUGCUCCUGGUCAGCAGUGCAUUAUAUCCAGGGAGCCCUGUACAGGCUCAAAUCAACUUGAAAACGCUCAAUGCGGAAAGUAUCCGACUUGUGUAAAGCAGGAGCACUACUCCUCUACUUCAGGUGAAUCCUUGAAGCGCGGGAAACGUCAGGCUAACCAGCAAGGAUAUGGAAUGGGUGGCAGUGGAAUGGGCCGGCCCAAUGGAAUGAAUAACGGUGGAAACGGUGGAAAUGGAAACGGAAUGGGUGGACAGAAUGGAAAUGGAAUGGGUGGUCAGUAUGGAAACGGAAUGGGCGGACAGAACGGAAAUGGUAUGGGUGGCAAUGGAAUGCGCGGGAACGGAAUGGGACCUGGUGGAAUGGGUGGUCGGGGCGGUAACGGUAAUGGAAUGGGACAAGGAGGAAUGGGCGGUAACGGAAUGGGACAAGGAGGAAUGGGCGGUAACGGAAUGGGACAAGGAGGAAUGGGCGGUAACGGAAUGGGACAAGGAGGAAUGGGCGGUAACGGAAUGGGUAUGGGUGGUAUGGGCGGAAAUGGAAUGGGAAAUGGAAACGGUAUGGGAGGGAAUGGAAUGGGUGGUAAUGGAAUGGGUCCAGGAGGAAUGGGUGGUAAUGGAAUGGGUGGCCAGGGUGGCUAUAACGGUCGUGGCGGACAAAACGGAAUGGGUGGACCAAAUGGAAUGGGAGGUGGUCCAAACGGAAUGGGUGGACCACCUGGUGGACCAAACGGAAUGGGAUCAGGCAAUAACAAUUGGGGAAAUGGAAAUAAUGGCAAUGGUAGCAACCGAUAUAGAGGCAAUAACUCUAAUCAGAACUACAGCACUACGUCUGCUACAACAACGGAUGGCGGCUGGUAA